CACCGCAAACGCAAAAAGGGCAUCGCCUUACGAAGCAAUCGAUACCAAGGUCGUAUCAAUAACUCCCCUUUCGUUUCAGUACAUCCUCCAGAUACAGAUCGCCCAACAUGCCACCAAAGGGAAAAGGCCAACAGCCGAAGGAGAAGAGCGUCAAGGUCGACAAGACCUUCGGUAUGAAGAACAAGAACAAGUCCGCCAAGGUCCAGAAUUACGUCAACACUGUUAGACAGCAAGAAGAGCAGGCGGGAAAGAACAGUAAGGCCGCCAAAGCCAAGGAGGACGAGAAGGAUAGGAUCGCAGCCAAGAGGGCCGCCGAGGAGAAGAAGAAGGCUGAGCUCGCCGAGUUGUUCAAGCCCUCGCUCAUCCAACCCAAGGUACCGUUCGGUGUUGACCCCAAGACUAUUCUUUGUGUUUUCUGGAAACAGGAAGGAAAGUGUGCAAAGGGCGAAAAGUGCAAGUUCUCGCACGAUCUCAACGUCGGCCGCAGAGUCGUCAAGAAGGAUCUAUACACCGACGUUCGUGACGAACUCGGAGAAGCCGUCGAGGAAGACAAAAUGGAUGAUUGGGACGAGGAGCGUCUCGCUGCCGUCGUGUUGUCCAAACACGGAAACCCCAAAACCACCACCGACAUCGUCUGUAAAUUCUUCUUGGAGGCAGUUGAGAACAACAAAUAUGGUUGGAGAUGGGAAUGCCCGAAUGGCGGUAACGACUGUAUGUACCGUCACGCCCUACCACCUGGUUUCGUGCUCAAAACCAAGGGUGAAAAGAAGAACGACAAGAAGGUCGAAAUCACCCUCGAAGACUUCAUCGAGACCGAACGACACAGGUUGGGCAAGAACCUCACGCCCGUUACAUUGGAGACCUUCAACAAGUGGAAACAGGAGAGGAUUGAGAGGAAGGAGGCUGAUGAGAAGGAUAAUCAGAAGAAGAUUGAGGCACAGGUUAAGGCUGGUAGGGCCGGUGGAAUGGUUUCGGGAAGGAACUGGUUCGUGUUUAGGCCCGAUUUGCUUGAUGACGAUGACGAGGGUUACGGACAGGAGGACGAAUGGGAUUUGACUGAGUACCGGAAGGAUGAGAGCGAUGAUGAGGCUGAGCAGAAUGGCGAAGCAUCCGGCAAGCCGGCGAACGGUGAUGCAGGGGUCGAAGAGGCAACUGAGAAGCUCGAGGCUGUUGGGGUUGCCGAGUAGGUGGUGCAUGAGGUGUUC